UUUCGCUGGAUCCCCGACUCCCAGUUGCUGAAAAUAGCUACCAUGGCCCUCAUGGAUCCCGUCCUAAAUUUUAAAUGGGCCACAAUUUAAGCUUAUCGUCAAAAAUUCCAGUGUGGGAAGGGGAAAUUCCCCCUCGCCACAUCAGGCGCAUGUGCACUGGAAGAUGCGCUUUCGCGACUCGACUCAGCCAUCGUAAAGAUGCCGCGUAGAACACAUACAAAGUCGCGCAAUGGCUGCUUGGAAUGCAAGCGGCGCCACAUAAAAUGCGACGAGAAACAUCCGAUAUGCUCCAAUUGCCGCUCUUCGGAACGCUCAUGCGAAUACGCGGAUCGGUUCAUCCGCGCAACGCGCUCUCAAUCCAGCAAAUCAUCGACCCCUUCACCAGCUGGACUGGUACCGGAUGAACUUCCCUUGGGUCGGCUUGCAGACCCAUUCUCUUCUUCUGACAAUCCACCAGUCAAUAUGCUCCAUGCUGAGCUUUUCUUCAACGCUGAGUGCGCUUUCCGCUCUCUCAGCAAGGGAACGAAUGGGUGGAUUGACUCCGCGGAUGUGAAGCGAACAAUAAUUGCAACGCCUUAUCUCAUGAACGAAAUGCUUGCUUUGAGUGCUUUGCACUUGAGUGUAGUACGUUCAGAAGACCAAAAGCGGUACCGACGGUAUGCAGCUCAGCUACAAACGCAUGCGUUAGGGAUGUAUAAUCAGAUGCGCCUCGAUGUUAACAGGGAGACCUGUGUCCCAUUGUUCCUCUUCUCGUGCAUUCUCGGCAUGCACACACUUUGCGACGUCUUGGUCCACCGGGAAGAUACUAGCUUUGACGAAUUCCUCGAGAGACUUGUACACUGUUUCAAACUACAGCUGGGCAUUCGCGUCGUGAUAUCCGGGCCUACAUGGAGCAUGCUUCGCGAGUCGAUCUUAAAGUCACCACUCGAGAACGGAGAGAUCAUGUUCGACUGGAACACGGAACUGGGGCCCGACUGCGCGAGACUCUUGAACCUCAUUGAAACGGCUAAAUUAGGUGAUGCGAUCACUUCCACUUAUCGACAUGCUCUUCAGGCCCUGCAGGUUUCCAUAAAUGCAGCCAUCAGGGGGUCGGUAAAGAGCGUCAACGGUGUCACUGGUUGGUCUGUCAUGGUUACCCCGGAAUAUGUUGAACACUUGGCACUACGACGGCCAGAGGCUCUGGUAAUUCUAGCGCAUUACGCCGUGCUUGUUUAUUGGCACCGACACCUAUGGCUGUUUGGUGAUGGUGGCCGGUUCAUGAUCGAGGCCAUCAGCAGCUAUCUAGGUCCAGACUGGGCGAUUUGGCUGGAGUGGCCAAAUCGGGCCUUACGAGAACUUGAUCCUCGGUAUACUAAUGAGUAGAGUAUGUGAAGCCAACAUACAAGAUAUGGAUUCUUAUGAUACAUUCAUUAUAAGCCUUUCG